UAAAUAGACUCCUUUUGCUCUGUUCUCAUUCCGACAACACCAACAUAAACACACAAACCCCAACAACAGAAAAAUGGAGUUACUAUCGACCGUCGCGACUUGGUUCACUCCGACGACUCUUUUCCUCCUUCUCAAUCUCAUGAUCGGCACGAUCGUCGUAACCUCUCGACUCGGUUCAGGUUCAAGAAAACAUCACCAGCAGCAACAUCACGAUGGAUUCGGGUCGGGUCAUGCUCCUGCUCCGUUAGCUAGAGCUCCGUCUAUCAUCGACAGAGUUAAGUCUAUCAAUUUCCAUCUCUACAAGUUCCCUCAUCCGGAAACAGAGAUUUUCUCGAUGGCGGCUCACCACGACGUAAUCGGAUCGGAUCUUCAUGUAUACCCGGAUCCGAAUCCGGCUUCUCCUUUACAACGCGCUCCUUCUCUUUUGGAGCGGGUUAAAUCCAUCAACAUGUCUUCUUAUUUCAAGUACCCACACGACGUAACCGGGUCGGAUCUUCACUCUCAUUCUUAUUCCCACCCGGAUCGACACCUGGAUCCGGCUCCGUUACAACGCGCUCCGUCUCUUCUGGAUCGGGUCAAAUCGAUGAACAUGUCGUACUUCAAAUUCCAACAGUAUAACCCGGAGGAGGAGAAUGAUAACGCUCAUCAUCAUCAUCAUCACACGGAACCGACCCGGUUCGAAAAUAUCCCGACACGGAUGGGUCGGGUCGACCCGAUUGAUAUCUCAAAAUUCAGAAUCCCGGAGGAAGAUCAACCAACCGGAUCCGGAUACAAUAACCCAAUCAACCCGCCCGGUUUAACUCGGGCUCCUUCGAUCUUAGAACGGGUUAAAUCCAUCAAGCUAUCGUCCUUCUACAGAUCCGACCCGGAAUUAGAUCAAAAUCCGGAUCCGGUUCUCCACGAAGAAGAGCACAACAAGCACGUAAGGAGCAAAUCGGAAUCGAAAAAACCGGUGAAGAAGAAGAAGAAAGCUUCGACGACGUCGAAGAUGACGAAAUCGGCGAGCGAGAAAUCGGGUUUCGGAUUCGCCGGGAGCCACGAGGAAGCGGCGGCGGAGACGGUGGAAUCCGUAGAACGAAGAAGACCAGAUACGACGAGAGUCGAAAGAUCAACAUCGUUCGGCGACGGAGAAGAUGGCGUCGACGCGAAAGCUUCAGAUUUCAUCAACAAAUUCAAACAGCAGCUAAAACUACAGAGACUCGACUCGAUUCUGAGGUACAAGGAGAUGCUCAAGGCCAACUGAGAGAUGAAUAAGAAUAAUAACUGAAACUGCCUCUCGGUGGAGAUUUGUAUUCCUCAAGUCACCGCCACCGUCUCCGUCGCGGUUUUUUUUGUUUGCCGCCGUUUUUUCCACAGAGGAGAGUGGAGAAUGUCGGAAUUACCGAUAAUGCCCUUGCAUGUUGAGGGUAUUUAAGUAAAUUGUUAAUUAGUUUGUUUAUGUGGGAUUUAUUAUUAUUUUAGUCAUUUCAUAAAAGACAAAGGGAACAAAAAGAAACGUAGUUUGCUUGGGCGAAGAGUGAUAUUUGAUGUGGUGUGGGCGUUAAUAUUGGAUCUGGGACGUUGUUUUUGCGUCUUAAUUCCCACUAAUGUUCAUCAUUACAUUAUCCAACUUGGCAAUAUGUUCGACACGUUUCUAUUGAACUUUUCAAUCGUACUAAAAGAAUUUUGUGAUCGUGCCAUGAUGUUUUUCGGGUAAACUCGUUUUCGUAAUGUCUUCUCCAACAUGCCAUUAGAGUUCUACUAUCUUAAAUGUUUUUUUUUGUACUUACUUACUCCUAUUUUAUAACAGAUUUUUAAGAUUA